UUUACGGGAAGCUUGUGGAACGAAAUUACAUCUAUUCAAGUUGACUUUGGGAAACAAGGCUAGCUUAAGAUUCAAGAAGAAACUCGAUGGAUGUUGGACUGUUCAAUGCAGCAAUUUCUGGGAAUGAUAGUUUCCUUGAAGAAAUUAGGGGUGACGAUUUAAAUCUCAAGCAGGUGACAAGGAGGGGGAACUCUGUCCUUCAUGUGGCUGCAAAAUCUGGAAAGGUGCAGAUCAUUAAAAAAGUUCUUGAUUCGCAGCCAUCACUUUUGUGUAUGGAAAAUUGCAAAGGCAAUACUGCACUACAUAUUGCAGCAAGCUUAGGACACUUCGACAUGACAAAACGUCUAAUAAGUUGUGCAAAAGACCAAGAAGCUGCAGUGAAAAACCUACUACUAAGAAAGAGAAAUCUGGAGAAGAAUACAGCACUGCAUGAGGCUAUAAGAAAUGAUCAUUAUGACAUUGUGGAGUUCCUAAUUAGGGAAGACCCAGAGUUAGCUUCUUUGACAAAUAAUGCUUCGGAAUCCCCUCUCUUUUUAGCAGUGGAUCGAGGAUUUUACAAAAUUGCUCUCCAAAUUAUAGAAACCAUUCCAGAAUGCUCCUACAUGGGAAGGAACGGCAUGAGUGCUUUACAUGCAGCUGUCAUUCGUGCACAAAAUAGAUUCGCAACUAUUGUUUUAACCCUUGAAGACAAUAUGCUUAUACCCGUUUGCAAAGAUGCUCUUUUAUGGCUGAUUAAACAAAUCUGUUGGAUAAUUUUUGAAUCCCGCAAAUUAUGCAAACUCGAUGUCACUGGAACAGAUUUUUUGCACAAGAUGUUGGACAUAUUUCCAAUGGCAAUUGUAGAAGCCGAUGACUAUGGCUGGAUUCCUCUUCAUUAUGCUGCAGAUUUAGGCAAUGUAAAAGUUGUAGAACUAUUUUUGAAAAAAAAUAGUUCCAUUGCUUACAUAAUGGACAAAGAGGGCAUGUCUGCUCUUCACAUUUCAGCUAAGAAAGGACAUGUGGGUGUAAUGAGAACACUCAUUAGAAAUUGUCCAGAAACUUGUGAAUUGUUGGACAACAAAGGUAGGACAGCUCUUCAUGUUGCCGUGGAAACUGGAAACAAAAAUGCAGUGGAAAUAUUGCUCAAGGAGUUAGCUUUUCAGGAUCUCAUAAAUGAACAAGAUGAAGAAGGAAACACGCCUUUGCAUCUAGCUGCAAUCAAUGGGCGUUAUACAAUACUGUUGAUGCUAGCAGAUGACAGGAGAGUUGACAAGUGGGCUAUGAACGAGGAGGGGAUGAACACUGCUGACAUUAUUCAGUUAGAUAAUCGGCUUUUAAGCUGUGAAAAGGAUGUAUUAAUGUCAAAGUGGAAUAGAGACCUCAUUCUACUGAGUUUGGAACGAGUGGUUAGACAAACUACAAAAGUGCAGACUCAUGAGACAGAAGGGCUUGAAGAAUUUCAUGAAACACACGGGAUGGUGCGUGCAGAGGUUAGGGCAGAAAUGCGCGGUGCCAAUAAUGUGAAAGACAAUCCUGGAAGAGACAACACAACUCCAAAAGACAAUCCUGGAAUAGACACACCUAUAGCCAAAUUCAAUAUAACGGCAAUAACAAUAUUUACAACUGUCACCUUCGCAGCAGCCUUUCAAGUUCCUGGUGGAUACGAGGAUAAAACAGGUUUGGCAGUUUUACGCAAAAACAAACACUUUCGAACCUUCCUGAUAUUUGAUUGUUUGGCCUUUGGUACCUCAGCUGCGGUAAUGUGCAUCCACUUUGCGAUUACAAUUUUUCCAGAAGUAAAAUAUCCUCGCCUCUCCCGGUAUGCAGAAAUGCUACAAGUGCCGUUAGUUGAAUUCUCCAUAUUUUGGAUGAUAGUAGCCUUUUAUGGGGGCGUACAAGCAGUCUUGGAUGAGAAUGACCCUUCAAACCUUGCUUCUUGGGCUACGCUUUAUUUAGUGAUUUCUAUUUUGGUCCCCUUAUUUUUUAUUUUUUGUUGUACUAUGUAUACAGUUAAGUUUUAGUAUCUGGCUAAAUUUUUGGGUCAAAACAAACUGUUGUAAGGCUUGUUUUAAAUUAGUUUGGUUUGUAUUAAAA